UUCAAAAGCGGUGCCUUUUGGCUGCGUCGUUCCACCUGUGGAGUGCCCUCGGCUUCAAGAAAACGCCUCCCUCUGCCUGCGUGCGUAGGCCUGCAGAGGCGGCUCGGCUCUUUGUCUUUCCUUUCCGCUCUCUUCUCCGGCCCGGUUGUUUCCUGGGGCGGGUUUGGAUUUCGGGGCUGAAGUUUCAGUUCCCUGUGCCACGAGCUGAGAUUUUCUUCGGAGGGAAGAAGCAAUGCCUGGGAGCAGCAAGAGUUCCUGCGUGCUAGACAAGAUACUGACAGUUUUGUACCGAACUGUUGCGCAGAUCGAGUUAUCGGUGGAUGCUGUGAGUGUUCUUGAUGGGGUGCUUGCCUGAUGAGGAAGGUUUCGUCUAGCUCCGUCUUGCUGCGAUUCCAAUUUUCUCCACCCGCCCCUGAAAAGUUUGAGCUUCUUCACACCUUUUUCUCCCCGGAUUCUGCUUGUCCUCGGCCUCGGGUUGGUUCAACAGUGUGCCUGCAGCUCUGAAAGAAAUUAAGCAUGUGUACUCUCUUCAGUAGUUCUAGCUUCCUCUGUCCCUGUACUUCCUAGAUCUUUGUGCAAUUCAUGACCCUUUCAUCAUUCUAGCCCCAAUCUGCAAUUCUUCAUCAGAAGUGGUCAUGGAUACUGGGACUAUUAAGCUAAAACUAGUUCUAGGCCUCUUGGGGUUCAUCUGGAUCCUUGGCACCUGCAAUGCUGAUUUCACCCCUGCAGACAACUACCUAAUCAACUGCGGCUCCACGGCCGAGGCAACUAUCGGCCAGAGGGUUUUCGAGGCUGACACUUCCAGCUCGACUAUAUUGACAUCCCCUCAGAGCAUUACCGCAAUCACCACACCCAAUUCAGUCUCAGGUUUCGACAACGCUGAGCUGUAUCAGUCUGCCAGGAUAUUCGCCGCACCGUCGUCCUACGCCUUCAAGAUCAAGAGCCGUGGCCGGCAUUUUGUCCGCCUUCACUUCUUCCCUUUCAAAUACCAGAGCUAUGAUCUUGCCACAGCGAACUUCAAGGUGUCGACGCAAGAUGUUGUGCUCCUGAACAAUUUCACUGUGCCGAGCAGUUCGUCACCGGUGUUCAAGGAGUAUUCUCUGAACAUUACCAGGGACAUGCUCAUUCUAACAUUUGUGCCUCUUGGGAACACCACAUCCUUCAUCAAUGCUAUUGAGGUCAUCUCGGUUCCUGAUAAUCUAAUUACUGAUUCGGCGCCAACUGUGAAUCCUGUUGGACAGUAUCUCGGCCUGUCGAUGCAACCAUUGCAGACAUUCUACAGGGUCAAUGUGGGGGGACCGAAGGUGAUCCCUGAAAACGACACGCUCUGGCGAACAUGGGCUAUCGAUCAGAGUUUCUUCCUAAAUUCCACUGCCACUAAAGCUGUUAAUUUCCCAGGAAAGCUGAAUUACCAAAACAAAGGAGCGACACAGGAGGAUGCACCAGACAGUGUCUACAACACUGCAAGGCAGCUGUUUGUGCAGACAAACACCAGCCUCAUGUCCAGUAUGACAUGGCAAUUCAGUGUUGACGGUCGUUCAAGCUAUCUCAUCCGGUUCCAUUUCUGUGACAUAGUGAGCAAAGCUGCAUAUGAGCUCUACUUUGAUGCUUAUGUGGAUAGCUGGUUAGCGUCGAAAGAUCUUGAUCUCUCCAUUAAAGGUUUUGGUAAUUUGGCAGUGCCGUAUUACUUGGAUAUAGUCUUGCCAUCAAGUGAUCCAUCCGGUAAGCUCAGCGUCAGCAUUGGAACUUCCAGCUUAAGGGACAUGAAACCGAAUGGCAUCCUGAAUGGCCUGGAGAUCAUGAAGAUGAACAUUAGUACCGGGACUGUUGACAUCGUGGCACCACCGUCGGUGGCAAAGCGGCAUCUCGCUGUCAUAUUGGGCUCCGUUCUUGGAGCUGUUGUUGCUGUCAGCAUUGCUACUGUUUUCUGUAUCUUCUUCAGAAGAAAGAAAAAGCCACAGCCACCACGGACAAUGCGUCCCACAAGUUCUUGGACACCCCUAAAUGGUUUUAGCUUCCUUAGCACAAGAAGCCGAACAACCAGCCGGACCACUAUUACAUCUGGAACUGCCAGUGACGCGAGCUACCGAAUUCCUUUUGUUGUGCUGCAAGAUGCAACUAAUCACUUCGAUGAGCAGAUGGUCAUUGGAAUUGGAGGCUUUGGGAAGGUCUACAAAGCAGUAAUGCAGGAUGGCAGCAAAGUCGCUGUAAAGCGGUGCAACCAGAGGUCUCACCAAGGGUUGAGGGAAUUCCAGACGGAGAUCGAGCUGUUGUCAGGGCUGCGACACCGUCAUCUUGUGUCGCUCAUCGGUUACUGUGAUGAACACAACGAGAUGAUCUUGGUGUACGAGUACAUGGAGAAAGGCACUCUUAAGAGUCAGCUGUAUGGUUGUGAGAUGCCUCCUCUCAGCUGGAAGAAAAGGCUGGAAAUCUGCAUAGGGGCAGCAAGAGGGCUCCACUACCUUCACACUGGUUUUGCAAAAUCAAUCAUCCACCGUGAUGUCAAGUCAGCAAACAUUCUCCUUGAUGAAAAUCUCUUGGCCAAGGUUUCAGAUUUUGGCCUCUCAAAGGUCGGGCCUGAAUUUGAUCAGACACAUGUUAGCACAGCAGUGAAAGGGAGUUUCGGGUAUCUUGAUCCUGAGUACUUCCGGAGACAGAAGCUGACUGACAAGUCAGAUGUAUACUCAUUUGGUGUAGUGUUGCUCGAGGUGAUCUGUGCAAGGCCAGUUAUCGACCCAACUCUUCCAAGAGAUAUGAUUAACCUUGCAGAGUGGGCUAUUAAGUGGCAAAAGAGAGGAGAGCUUGGUCAGAUUGUCGACCAACGGAUCGCCGGGGCAAUCAGGCCUGAAGCAUUGAGGAAGUUUGGAGAGACGGUUGAGAAAUGCCUUGCAGAGUAUGGCGUCGAGCGUCCUACGAUGGGCGAUGUACUGUGGAACCUGGAGUUUGUGCUGCAGCUCCAGGAGGCAGGCCCAGACAUCUCCAACAUCGAUAGCAUGAAUCAGAUCUCUGAACUCCCUUCAAAUGCUAAGAGGGUAAGCUUCCUAGAGCUCAGCACUGCAGAUGAAAGCCGCACAGAAAUCGACUAUUCCGACAUGUCGACGAGCAACGCCUUCUCACAGCUGAUCAAGGCUGAGGGGAGGUGAACCGGGUUGAAUUGUUCUAGCUACUGAAAAAUGCUGAAUUACAGCAACUAGAAAGAGAUGCCUCUUCCUUGACUAUAUUGUCUAUCCCCUCGCUCUGAUAGAAUACACCUAGUUUUGAAUUGCAUUGAAAUUUUGCUUACCUCUUGUAAAUUGUAAUUACAUGCGUUCAAUAUUGCUGGAAUUUCAUAGUGUGUUUGUCUAAAAAUUUCGCUCAAUAUUGUUCUA